AUGAUUGACUGCUUCUCAUUUUCCGGCCCUUCGACAGCCGUAAUACUCCUCACUGCCCUCGUAAUAUUAUACCUCUUCCGCCUAAACCAGCUCCUCCUAUCAACCCCCGAUGAGAUCGCCAAAAUAACCUCACCACCAUGGACCGACAAGCUCCUCCAAGAAACCUACGCCCAUCUCGAAACCAACCCCAUUGACCCCGCUUCCUAUGCCAGCCGUAUCCCGCCGAAACUCGAACGCCGAUACAUCAUCACCGGCGGAUCCGGCCUCGUCGGCAGCGCAAUAACAACCCACCUCCUCGCCCGCGGCCACCCCCCCUCCGCCCUCCGCAUCCUCGACCUCCGCCCCCCUUCCCCCAAACCCUCCUCCCCCUCUCCCUCAACCCCCGAAAACGAUAUCCCCUUCCUCAAAACCGACAUCUCCUCCCACCAAUCCACCCUCUCAGCGUUCACCCACCCCUGGCCCUCCUCUGUCUCCCAUCUCCCCCUAACCGUCUUUCACACCGCUGCCGUGAUUGUUCCCUCGGACCGGUCUCGGUGGACUGCCGCCUGGCGGGUAUGUGAGAGGGUCAAUGUGCAGGGGACGAGGAAUGUGUUGGAGGCUGCGAGGGAGGUGGGGGCGGAUGUAUUGGUGUCGACGACGUCGGGUAGUAUUGGGAUUUGGCCGGUUCGGGUGUGGAUCAGCCUUUGGGGGGUGAUAUCGUCGUUGUUGUUUGGUGGACGGGGAAAGUAUCCGAAGGGGUAUUGGCAGGUGCUGGAUACCCGCGACUUUGACGCGCCGGUGAGGAGGUUUGAGGAGUUUUAUGCGGGUUAUCCGGUGUCGAAGGCGCGGGCGGAGAGGAUGGUUUGCGAGGCGAAUUGUGAGGGGUUGAGGACGGGGUGUGUGAGGCCGGCGAAUGGGGUGUAUGGGGAUCCGACGGAUAAUACGGUUGGAGGGUCGUUGGGGAGGGAUGUUUUGCCUACGUGGUCCUCCCACAUCGUCAACAGCUUCGCCCACAGCACCAACGUCGCCCUGGCCCACCUCGACUUCGAAGCCAUCCUCGCCACCAGCCCCUCCUCCGCUCACUCCCCCCAAGCCGGCCGUCCCUUCAUCAUCACCGACCCCAACCCGCCCAUCCGCUUCGCCGACAUGCACCACCUCAUCUCCACCUUGUCCAUCACCCCCUUCCGCACGACCUCGUUACCGCCCGUGCUCAUGCUGCUGUUGUCGUACCCUAUCGAGUGGUACAUCGUGGCCCGCGCUCGGUAUCCGUUGUUGGGAAAGGUGCUGCCGGAGAUUACGGGUGAUAUUAAGCAUAUCCAGCCGGGGAUUUUCAGUAUCUGCACGCAUCUUGUCGCGUCGAAUGAGGCGGCUGAGCGGCCGGUUGGUGAGGGUGGACUGGGGUUCAGGGGCGUGAUGACCACGCUGGAGGGUAUGGCCAUGGAGGUGUUGGAAUGGAACCGUGUGCAGCGGCAGGCUAAGGAGAAGAGGGUAUAUCAGACAAGUGUAGCGUUCGCCGAUGAGAUUGCGAGGGGUGCUCACAACUAG